AUGAUAAUCAUUUUUCCCCAAUUUUUGGCCACAUCAAUCCUGUCGACACCUGAAUUCGGUGUCGAGCGGCUAGUAUCAUGGCGAUUAACCCAAACGUCAGCUCGAAUUCUCGUACUCUUCUUGCCCGAGUACCACAUCGACAAUCAGAUCAUGAAAAAAAGAACGGAUUUACAAGUCUCAAAUAUCGUUACUAUCGUGUUCAUAUCCAUGGACACGUACACUGGUAAGCUCGAUGGUGGUGGUUGUGUCCUGCUGUUCGCUCCAAACCUGCCAGAAUAUAUCUUGGUUCACAACAAUGCCAAUGAUUACUGGGCUGUUCAACACAUUGCAAAUGUAGCAGUAACGCCAUACUUUGCGUCCAAUAUUUACAUACUGAUCUUUGAUCUGGUGUUAGCGCAUCCUAAUCGGUCCUACUCUCAGCAUGACGCUAAAUUUACCCUACAACUUUCUCCCAGUGAGCAGCUGCUCGCAAAAUUGGGUUCAGGACCGAAUGAAAACGAGCCAAACACGAGAUUGAGCCGCGCUCGAAAGCGUAUCAAGCUGAGCCGACGUGCCGACAGCAAAUUCCCUUGCGUUAAGCAAUUUCUGGACAAAAGCCUGAAUGACCAUUCGCUCCAGCAAAUGAAGACGAUGCAAAAAGCUGAGAAGCCCCCUCCGUUCGUCCAUAAUGAGCCUUCACUACUCGCGAGCGCUGCAGGUGACAUCGUUGUGUGGUCUACUGCAUUCCCGAUCACUAUGGUCAAAUGA